UGGUUAAAAUGAUCAAUUCAAAAAGACGAGAGAUUUCCCACUGAUCUGGCAGUCACCGUUCUCUCAAAUCUGACAUUCAUCCUCCAAGACUACCAAGUGCAUCGUCGAGAUGGUUGGUACAAAGAUCUGUUCGCUUUUCGCCCUGGCGACUGUUAUCCUGUCGUCUACCUGUGAUGCAAGGGCCUGGCACUUCAACAUCAACGUUCAGCGCUACCAGACCUACGAUAAUGAGACAUACGCCUGCAGCAAUAAGAUCAGUCAUGAAUCACGCAAGUUGAAAGGCAAUCACAUCAAAUGCUUCGCUUUCAAAGAUGGAGGUGCUUGGAAUGCCAUGACGUAUAGGUGGCACAAGCACUUCUGGAUGCUACCUGUUGAUUACUUCAGGCAUCCUUCGUCUUACGGUAUGCAGCGCAGAAUCUCGUGGUCCAACGGUGCGGACUGACUCCUCGUGGGCAGGCUAUUGCACAAUCGCGGUAUUUGAGAGCAGUGAUUGCACGGGAGAGGCCAUCGGCCUUAUUCAAAAUGCCAACUCAGACUGGCAGUGGAGCAAAUGCCACGGUGGAUAUUCGACUUCGGAUGGCUACAGU